GUCUGCCUUUGUUCUAGCCCCGCCCACUCACACCUGAUCCUCAUGUUUCUUCCCCAGGUGUUUCUUKAUUUACCUCAUUAGKUYUKCCUUURUAUUCUGUCCUUGGUCCUCGGUCUUUGUCAGAUCCUUGUUCUUUGUUCWCUGUUGUCUCAUGCCAAGCCAAGAAUCUUSUUUGCUGCCACGUCGGCACUUUUGUUUUUGUUGCUUUAAUAAACCUUUUUUGCCACCCUCACUCAGUCUUGCAUCCUGGGGUUCAAACCAACCAAGCUCAACYGUAACAGUAUAUGUGAUGUGUGCAGAGACAUGUAAAAGUAAACCUGUUUAUCUACUGUUUUCCAGUUUCAUCUGAUAAGAUUUUGUAACAAAUAUCGAGUUUGCCAGUCUGAGUGAAGAAAACAGAGUCGACACAGAAGUACCAUGUCGCAGCCAAAGCAGCCAGUUCCUCUUCCAAGGAAAAUGAAUCGAGCAGUAAAAUCUUUAGAUGUGGAGCUGAUAAAAUGUAACCCACAGUCUCCCACAGAUUGUUCAGUGGAACAAACAAAAAGCUCAAAUCCACCCCCACUGUUACAAAGAAAGUGGGUAACGCUGGACUCAGAGCAAGAAGAAAGCAGCAAUGAACAUGUGGAUUUUGUAAAGCAGCAGAUGUCUCCUGUUUCUCCUUCAGGAAAAUUUGAUGAAAUAAAAAAAGCUUUUGAAGCAAAGAGGCUGAUGUAUAACUCUUCUCUUCAGUCCCACACAAAGAACUCAGAAGAUAACCUAAAGAACUCAGCUCCACCCCCACUGCUGCCAAGAAAGUGGGUAACACUGGACUCAGAACAAACUGGCCAGGAUUAUGAGGAAAUUCUAAAGGGUGAUGAACCAGUCAAGGAGCCAGUUAAACCACGACCUCCUCCACUGCCCUUUAGAAAACCAAAACCUCAUCUUGUUCGCAUGCCUGAAAUAAUGGAUUCCAUGUCUUUGUCAGAUUCCUUUGAGGCGAUGACACCCUGGAAAGAUGUGUGCAGAGAUCUGACAUUUAGAGGAUCAGAAGAGGCAGUGGUCAUCGUGAAAGCUGAAGUUCUCCACAAAGCAAUCCAGAAGUAUGACCAGCUGAUGAUUGCACACUGUGGAACACUCAAAAUACAUAUUACUGAUCUGUACUGCAUUGGUGAUAACCUGGACAAGGUGUCAAAGGGCACAAAGAUCGCUGGCAUCACAGGAGGUUCAGCAGCAGUGGCAGGAGGAGUGGCAGCAGCUGCUGGUGUGAUCCUGUCUCCAUUCACAGCAGGAGCCUCACUGGCCCUUACUGCUGUUGGUGUUGGUGUGGUUGCAGCCGGAGGUGUCACUGGUGCUUCUGCAGCCAUCGCAAACAAGGUCAAUCUGACAGCUGACAAGAAGAAAAUGGAGAAAGCCUUGAAAGACUUUGAUGAUCGUAAUGAGGAAAUUCUCAGCUGUUUAAAGUACAUCAAUGAAGGCAUGGAGUUACUAAAGCAACAYGGUGUGUCUGUUCUCAAUGUUACUGAGAGGAGAUCAGUUAGGGUGGCAAACGUAGUGAAGCUGGUUACAGGAGAUGCUACUGCCAUGACCUCAGACAUGAGCAGCAAGGUGGCCGGAUCCAUMAAAGGGUUUGCGCUCGGUAUGGAUUUUUAUUUUAUCGAGGGAAAAAAUGGAAUGAAAGUAAARAAAGGUCUCGAGUCGAAGCUGGCCAAAAAACUUCAUGCCUUGGCAGAGGACCUUGAUAAAGGACUGAGAGAGCUCAUAAAAAUAAAGGAUGUGUUCAGUAAGCAUGUUUAAGAACAUCUGUCCCAUUUUGAUUUGAUGCUUUWAGAGUUAAUCCAGCUUGUUGUGUGACUUUGGAGUAUUUCUAAGAGGGUAACUAUGGGAUAACAAUACAAAGCUUUUAAGAGUGUUCACUGCAAAUAACCAAUCUUCCAUUUUGGCUUUUUGUUUGUUUGGUUGUUGUUUUUUUUUUUUGUUUUUUUUUUGGUUCAUUUUGCAUUUUUGUUGACAAGAUUGUAAAUGAAAAUGAGAAUUUGUGAAGGUCUUAUCUCAUAAAUAAAAUGGUACUGCUGAUUAACCCUAAA